GUCGGUGGCCGAUGGUUACCGGGAAAAUGGCGGCGACCGGCGCAGUAGCUGUGGAUUGAGAACUGGGGAGGGGGGAAACCGAUACUGAUAUCGGGGGUAAUGAGGGCACAAAAUCACCGGUACCCGAUUCUUGCGGUAUGUUUUAUUGGAAAUAGUUUCUACUAACAAUUAGUUUGGUAUCGGUUAGGAAAGUUAAACAUACAAAUGUACGGAUCUUCCCUGGCAACAUAUUCUGGGAUGCAUACGGAUUAUUAUUUUUAAUGUACAAUCAUGUACCAUCAGUUUCUGAAUCCAGCAGUUUAGCAGAAAUUACUUUUUAUAUGUAUUACAUUUUUUAUUUUUUAUUUUCACCAGAGGGGACUUUUUAAUAUAAAUCAAUAGAAAUAGAAAAGGUGGUAUAAUAUUUAUUUAUUUAUUUAUUGAUCCAGAAGAGAGCGGAUUUUUAAAGUAUUCACGUUUUUUAGUUUUUUUGUGGCGUGUGUUCUGCAUUGGAAAAUGGAUUGAAGAAACCCUAUUAGUAGUAGUACCUACCCACUCAGUCAGCUUGCAGACAAACAUGUUUAGUGUGCUGUCCUCAGCCCCUUCUGGCUACCUCUCUACACCAUGCUCCGGCUACCCUGCUGGCUUGGUCCACUAACACGUGGGGCGGCCAGCUUUCGCUUUGCAGAGGAACUGCACAGCCGGCCAGGCAGCAACACCAACACAUUCCCUCUGGUUGUGGCCACCGGCAUCCUCACCCAUCCCGCAAUGAUGUAUGCCACUCGCUUCUACAGCAGUGGUGGCGGUAAGCCAGGCAGGAAGGCUGGCAUUGGGAGAGGAGGGCUUCCAGUGCUGGACAACCACCACCUCCCUCAGUCUCAUCCACACCCGCAAAACCAGCCCCAUGUCAACCAGGGGAGGCCAGAAGGGCACCACAGCCACUACCACCACCGCAGCAAGAAGACGACCUGGAAUUUUAUCCACGAGAAGAUGAGCUAUGACACCUUCUUCACCAUGAAGCGCCUGAUAGACCGGUCCCGCACUGUGGAUGAAGUGCUGCGCUGGAUCACCCAAAACCCAGGAAAGAUCUCCUACAACCACUACCCCAUCGCCCUGCAGAAGAUUGGGCAGCUCCUGCAGCAGCAGGGGGGAGGGGCUGGGGGCUCAGCAAUGGCAGCUGCUGAGGGGGAGAGCCACUAUCAGAUCUCAGAGCAGCAUGACUUCCAGACGCUGUGUGACGCUAUUGUCAGUGACUGUGCCAAGUUUGACAACUUCAGCAUCGUCAACUGCCUCUACGCAGUAGCAGCUCUGGGUCUGCCCAGUGACUCCAAGAUCGUGCAGGUGCUAGAGGAGGAGUCUCGCAGUCGCCUCUCCCACUUCAACCAGAAGGACAUCUCCAUGGUGUUCAGCAGCAGCAUGAAGCUGCACCCGUCCAGCCAGCACCCGCUGACUGAGUCCUGCCUGUCGGGGCUGGAGAAGAACAUCGAGCGGGAGCGCCACCCCCAGACGCUCUUCCUGCUGCUCUCCUAUUACCGCCUCAAGUGGCGGGCCCUGCAGGCUGACGGAUACACGCCAGAGCAGCUCCUGGCCAAACGCAAGAUCCUGCGCUUGGUCAAGCACACGCUGGCCAGUGUUAGCAACGUGCGCGACCAUGAGAUGGUGCUGCUCGACGAGAUGCUGUCUGCCUGCGCCCGCGAGGCCAGCAACAAGUCAUUGGAGAUCAUCUUCAGCUCCCAGCUCUUCUACGAGAACCGCCAAGAGAAGUUCAUCAGCAGCCUCGCAGAGGAGCUUCCUAAGAAGGUAGACAGCAUCACUCCCUACACGAUGGCUCUCAUUGCAAAAUACAUCGCCAGACACCGACUGCGGGAAACCAAACUGCUGGACACCAUUGCAGAGUUUGUGGUCAAAAAGGGGGAAUAUCUCGACAGCAAGGUGAUCCAGAAGCUGGUGUUCCCGUUCAGCAGGAUGAGUUACCGGCCUUCCAACGAGGCGCAGUUCUUCGAGAAGCUGGAGUUGGCGCUGGAGCAGAAAGCCAUGAACUCUCCACUCGCCACUGUCAACAUCAUCAUGUCUUUGUUCCAGCUGGGCCACUUCCCCAGGCUCAUCCUGCACCGCGUCUUCUCCAGCACCUUCAUCAGCAAUGUCACCAACAGUCCUUACGCUCUAAUUGUGCGCCGUUACCUGUCUUUGCUGGACACUGCAGUGGAGCUGGAGUACAGGGACUACACAGGGCCGAGGCUCGAGGAGGUGCACAAGGUGCUCAUGUUUGACCAUGCACUGACCGCAGACGAGGUCAACCGCAAGUACAGCUAUAAAGGUCUGGUUGCAGAGGCUCUGAGACAGCUGGUUGGGGAGCAGUCUUACAAACAGGACGAGGUGUUGGCUCCUGGAUAUUACACAGAUUUCCUGCUGUGGAUCAACAGCUCUGGUAGCGUGCUGCAGAUCAAAGGGAACAGUGGAGCUGUCUCAGGAGCCACUCCGACAGGCCUUUCACUGGGGUCAGGGGCCUCCAAAGCUCCAGAUCCCCAAUCUGCAGUGUCUGUCCUGACCUCGGACUUCCACAAAUUCUCCCCCUUUUCCUCCCCCCUGGAGGACGGACAUGAGAAGUGUGGUGAGGAGGACCUGGUUCCUGAGGUAGCCUUCCUCUCACACCACAUGCGCCCCCCUCCUCCAGGGGGCACCUUGGGGCAGCGGGGGGGAGCAGAAUACAACCCCUAUUACCAACUGCCCUCUGAUUACUACAGCAGCCUGACCAAGGAGCAGUCUCUGGAGAGCCAGGAUAGCUCCACCCUCAGCAGCCCCUCAGACUGCCUGGCACAGGCUGGGGGGCUGGCAGAGUGCUCCCCGUGCCUCUCCUCUACCUCCCUCUUCCAGUUCCCCAUCGGGAAGAUCCUGGAAGAGGAGGUGGCAGCUGGGCAGGAGCGAGAGCUGCCCAGCUUCUACGAGAGCAUGCCAUACCCCGAUGGAGGGGAAGGGGCUUCAGGAGAGAAGGGGGCCAUGGAGAUACUGAGCCCGGCCUCCCCUCUGCAGCUCCACAGCCCAGGGGGAAGGCAAGCAGACAAGGAGCGCAGGGCCGUGGAGCAGCAGGACGAGGUCAGGAGGGUGGUGAUGUCAGUGAAUGAUAAGUGGCACUACUGCCACAAUUCUGAUGUGCUGGUGGGCUCUCGAGCCAUGCGGGACAGACACCUUCAACUGCUGGGCUACGUCCUUCUCCAGUUGCCUUACCACGAGCUGGAGAAGCUGAAUGGGAUUGAGGAGGUAAAGCAGUACUUGCACAAAAAACUCCUGGAGAUACCCUUAUGACACACAGAGGGCUGAGCGUAGCGGAGAGAGUCCAGCUGCUCACCUCAGUACUACUGCUACUAUUACUACUGCUAAAAAUGAUCGGACAGACUGCUAGGCACAGGGAAGCAAUUAGUGUUAGAUACCUGAGCAUGGGGGAGGGGGAAGAGCAGGAUUUUCUUUUCCUGAAGGUGUCUGUGUGGUGGGGGAGGAGUGGCAGGGUCAGAGGGAUAUUGGUGUAGCACACCCUUUUUCUUUUUUAUUUUGAAUAUUCUGUACCCAUUGCAAUUGUACCGCACAACGGUUUCUACUUGCAACCUUUUUUUGGGGGGUCUUUACAGCUGUCAUUGGUGGAGUGGUCUAAGUUGAUUUAAAAAGUAUGACUGUUAAAUUAGUAUCUCAAUAAUCAGAAAUAACUAUGUGGGAGAUGGACAGGGGGGUAUAAUGGUUGACUUCUUAACAUUAUUUUAUAACUUGGUGUGACUGCAUGGAAAGCAGUGGGGUUGUGAACAUGCAAGAUCAUUUCGUAUUGUAGUAAUAAUAAUAAUAAUUCAUGGCCUGAAGAGAACCAACAGUCAGUGAUGUACCCAGCAGUGGAUAACAUAAAUGUUUUUUUUUUUUUUUUUCUGCACCCUUUUAAAUGUAUGAUUGAAACCUUAUUUUUCUUACUGCCAACUUUUUAUUCCAUAAACCACGUUCACAGUGGUGCUUGCUGUGUGCGUUAGCUUUGCACUGUAGAUGGAGUUUCCUAUUUAGUUACUCGUAAACUUGUGGAGGAAGGAAUAAUUUAAUAUAUGUGUAACCGAAGGGGGGAAGGGGGGGGUCGGUAAGGAGGUUGGGUGGGUGGAGGUGGGUUUGUUUAUAUAUACAUAAAAAAUUAUAUAUAUAAAUAUAAAUAUAUAUAAAAUGAUAGGCUGUUCUACUUGAUUGUUUGAAUGAGCAGUUAGGACCCCAGACCGAACUCGAGUCUUGUUGAACUGUUCCGUGUGUCAUGAAUUGCAUGGUGAAGUGCUAGUCCCAGUCAGGGUGUUCCAAAAUAAAUCCCAGUUUUACAUUUGAAA